UAAAGGGCCAGGUGAAACAGUCGCCACUACUCUCUCACCAUGCGGGGUCUACUUCUCUGCUGCCUUGUGGCUUUGGCUACAAGCCAAAACCUACGAUACGAUAACUCCCUGGACCAAAAGAAUACCUAUGAGUACAAAUAUGAAGGAGAGGUAAACUUUGGACUUGGGAAGCCAAACCUGGCAGAGUCUGGGGUGCGAAUUACCUGCAAGAUCUCAAUCGUCGGUAUAGGCGAACAAUUAUUCCUACUUCAGGUCUCCGAAAUGGCAUUUGCUGAGUAUAAUGGCUUUGAAGACAAAAAUGACUAUGAAUUCUCCCCAAAAGUUACCAAACGUCUUGCUUCUGAGCUUGCAGAACCUUUCGUGUUUGAGUAUGCCAACGGACACGUUGGUGCCAUCUUUGGAUCUCCUAAGGUUUCCACUACUGUUGUCAACAUUAUUAGAGGUAUACUUAGUUUUUUCCAGGUAACUGUGAAGACUACACAGACCGUCUAUGAGCUGAGAGAGACUGGAAUCCAUGGCCAGUGUCAGAGUAACUAUGCUAUUGAAGAAAAUGAGGAGACAAAGGAUUGGAUCGUCACUCAGGUUGUGGAUGUGACAAACUGCUGGCAAAGGGCAGCAAUGUACAGAGGAAUGGCAACUGCUGUGUGGGACAGACUAUCCAAAGAGAAAGGAGAAUCUGUCAUUUCAGCCAUGAAGUAUAAUUAUACCAUCAAGCCAACAGCAAAUGGAGGUGUCAUAACCAGAGCUCAGGGGUUUGAGCGACAGCACUUCAGUGCUUUCAAUGUGAAGGGUGGCAGUUUUAAGAUGGAAGCAACGAAGAACUUGGUGCUGCUUAGCAUGAACAACACAGCCAGAGGAAGAACAUAUGGACCAAUAGAAACGAAAGGCAACAUUAUCUACAAAUUUGAGGAUGUGGACAUUAAUAUUCCAAUUAUGAUGCAGAACCUAGAUAACCCAGUACCAAAGGCUAUUGAAUUGAUCAAGCGAUUGAGUGAGGCUAAUAGUGGCACUAUUGAUAGUGCCACCACAGAGGACUCUAUGAAGCUGUACCAUCUCCUGCGAGUGACACCCUAUGAAGAACUGGAAAACAUGUGGAAGCAAUUAGCUGAAAAUCCCAAGUAUAGGCGUUGGUUUUUGGACUCAAUCGUUGAAAUUGCCGAUGUCAAAGUUCUGAAUUUCAUGGAGACGAGAUUUAAAGCAAAUGAUUGGACGCCUUCUGAAGCUUUGCAAACCAUCUUAAUUGCUUUUCAUCAUCUUGAUCCCACACCUGACAAUGUUGGAAUGGCUAAAGUUUUCCUCAAGCUGCCAUUCAGUAAAUCUAACACCUAUCUGUGGCAGACUGUGGCACUUUCCUAUGGCUCUUUGGUGAACAAGUACUGUGUACAUUAUUUGCCAUGUCCAGUUAACCCUCUUCAGCCCCUGCUGGAAAUGGCCACAGAGGCUCUGAGGAGUGGCAACAAAGAAGAAAUGGUUAUCGCUCUGAAAGCGCUGGGAAAUGCAGGGCAUCCUAAGAGCAUGAAAACCAUCAUGCGUUUCCUUCCUGGAAUGGCUGCCUCUCCUGUGGAUCUGCCUCUUCGGGUGCAGAGUGCAGCUGUCCAGGCGAUGAGACUCAUCACGACCAGAGACCCUCACAGUGUCCUAGAGGUCACCCUGACCAUGUUUCUGCAUAAGCACAUUCCAGCUGAGGUUCGCAUGCUUGCCUUCAAGAUUCUUAUUGCGUCUAAGCCUUCAAUGGCUCUUGUGUCCAUCGUGACAGCUCAUCUGCAGGACGAAACAGACCUUGAGGUUGCAAGUUUUGCGUACUCUUACUUGCAUGAUCUUGCCAGCUCCAGGACUCCAAACAAUCACUAUCUUUCGAUUGCCUCCAGUUUGGCUGUGAAAAUCCUUGCACCCAGAUUUGGCCGUCUCUGUCAUUACUACAGCAAAGCAAAGCAUGCAGACUGGUUCGAUGAUAGGUGGCUAACUGGGAUAACAUCUGAAUUCUUCAUGCUAAGAAAUGCAAGCAACAUCAUUCCCUCAGAGAUUGUGUCAAGUGGUAAAUUCCACAUCAUUGGUCGAAUUAUUGAGUUACUGGAGUUGGGUCUCCGUGCAGAUGGAAUAAAGGAUCUGAUUGGAGCUGGCAUUCCUGGAUUUAAAGGAGACUUUAGUAUGAGUGACCUUAUGGCUAUUUUCAAUGUGCUUCAAAAGUGGGAGAGUCUGGACAAUGAUAAACCAGUCCUUUCAGUUUAUUCACGUAUUACAGGGCAAGAGUGGUUCUUCGCUGACAUGAGCAAAGACACCCUCCGAAAUAUCAUCACUGCCUUCAGUCCUGCUGCAUGGAAAUCAAGUCCUUUGAGGGCUAUGAUUGAGAGUUUACAGAAAGGAACCUCAUGGGACUACACACGGGCAUUUUUGGUCUUGGAGGCUCGUUACUUCCAAGCCACAACCCUGGGGCUCCCAGUGGAGAUCAGCAAAUAUUAUAAUACAAUCACUGCAUUCAACAUUAAUGCUAAAGUUGCAGUUAAUCCCUCACCCACUGAAAGCAUUGUACAGCUCUUGAAUUCUGAAAUUACAAUGGAAACGGAUGGAUACGCUGGUUGCACCAAGGACUUUUGGGUUUUCUAUGGGAUCAACACAAAGCUCUUCCAGAGUGGCUCAGAGUUAAAGAUUAAGAGACCCUUAGCCGUACCAUGGAAGUUAUCUGCCAAGAUAAAUGUGCCAGAAAGGAAAUUUGAGCUUGAUUUCCCCCCUAGCAAAAAGGAAAUUGAACUUCUUUCGAUUAGAUCAGAUUUGUAUGCAGUGUCCAGGAACAUUGAAGAGCCCGAUUCAGCCAAAAUGACUCCAAUCAUGUCCCCCUCUGCUGACCCCAAUGAUGACGUAAUAGAACCCUACACCUGGCAUCCUUCUUCCAAAAUGUGUUAUGAAUACAACAUUUAUGGAGUGGGUUUCUGCAUGGAGUACGAGUUAAAGCGACAGUAUUUCCAUGAGGAGUACCCACUGUACUAUUUCCUUGGAUACAGCAACAUGGCAUUCAAAAUAAUUCCAGCUCAGACAACAAAAGCGGUUGAGAAAAUCCACUUUGAGCUUGACGUUCUUCCCAGCAAGCAUCCAAUGAGUGCACGCCAACUGCUUGGGACUAUGAGGAGUCUUUCCAAGGAAGAAACACAGCAAAUUAAUCUAUCUUCAGACUCAUCUGAAAGAGACAGAGACUUUCCUCACAGACACCACACAAUCCUUCUGGAAAACUCGACAACUGAAGCCAUCUUCAACUUCAAAGCUUUUGCCAUUUGUGAGAACCAGAAGCCUGAGGGUUAUGAUGCAGUUAUGUACUAUUCACCUGAGGCAAGCAUUAAAAAUGCCCAACUAAUUGUGUCCCAAGUUGGAGCGAGCACCAACUGGAAGAUGUGUGUUGAAACCAGUCUGGAUGCUGAGGCAAAGGCACACGUCACAUGGGGCGAUGAAAGUCAGACCUAUGACAUGUCAAUGGAAGCCACUGCUGCAUAUAUUAAUGGUUCCAAGCCAGAGCUCAAGGCCAAAGUACAAUGGAGCAGGAUUUCAGAGUACCUGACUGAGCUUGGCAAAAGAAUUGAACGGUACAUCCCUGGUGUGGCAUUACUUUAUGGCUUUUCUGAGAGAAAUGAGAGAAAUCCAGAGCAGGAAGUGUCUGCAACAGUUGUUGCUGCCUGGACAGACAGCGUUGAUGUGGAGAUUAAACUACCUGAGUAUACAGUGUACAACAAAGCUAUGUCAUUUCCGGUCCUAUGGAGCAGCCAAUGGCUUUAUCAAAACAUGACAUGCUCAACAGAAUAUUAAAUUGAUAUAAGCAUGAAAACAUAAAAACUGCAGAGCCCAGAUGGCAGCCAGAUGCCUGAUGUACCAUUGUGGAAGAACAACUGCAGCCAAAACCAGCAUUUUAAACCUAUUAUCAGACUGUCAUCAGUUUUCUAAUCAUCAGUUUGUAUGAAACAGCAUGUUACUGAA